GAGAUCCAAUCAUCCGAACCGCCACGGGUUCCUCGUCCAUUUUACUGCUCCCUGACCGGACCGGCGGAGCCUCCAACGGCGGUUUCUUCUUGCUAACCAAACCCUUAUCAUAAAAGCGAGGGAUCUCAGUAUACUCGGUGCGGUGCUCUCUCGCUCUUAUCCCUCAUCUCCCUCCUCUGUUCGGUCCGAUCUCCGCCAUCCAUGGCCACUGCGAACUCCGUCCUCGCCAACGAUGGCGCCAAGGGCCCGGCCCCCCCACGCCUCGCCUCCGUCUACAGUGAGGUGCAGACCAGCCGUCUCAACCACCCCCUCCCUCUCCCCUCCGUCCUCAAGGGCCCCUUCAAGCUGGUGGAUGGCCCCCCGAGCUCCGCCGCCGGAAACCCAGAUGAGAUCGCGAAGCUGUUUCCUAAUCUGUUCGGCCAGCCAUCGGCAAACCUGGUGCCGACUGGCUCAGAUCCAUCAGAUUUGGCCGGAGGUCUGAGGAUUGGGGUCGUGUUGUCUGGUGGUCAGGCUCCAGGUGGACACAAUGUCAUCUCUGGGAUAUUUGAUUAUUUGCAGGAGCGGACAAACGGAAGCAUCCUGUAUGGUUUCAAGGGAGGUCCUGCUGGGAUUAUGAAGUGCAAGUAUGUUGAGCUGACUCCAGAUUUCAUCUAUCCCUACAGAAACCAGGGUGGAUUUGAUAUGAUCUGCAGUGGAAGGGACAAAAUUGAAACCCCAGAACAGUUUAAGCAAGCUGAGGAGACAGCCAUGAAACUUGAUUUGGAUGGACUUGUUGUUAUUGGCGGUGAUGACUCCAACACGAAUGCAUGCCUCCUUGCUGAAUAUUUUAGGCAAAAGAAUAUGAAAACUCGGGUUAUUGGAUGCCCGAAAACAAUUGAUGGAGAUUUGAAAUGCAAGGAGGUUCCAGCAAGUUUUGGAUUUGAUACAGCCUGCAAGAUAUAUUCUGAAAUGAUAGGAAAUGUCAUGACAGAUGCAAGGUCAACUGGAAAAUAUUAUCACUUUGUAAGGUUAAUGGGGCGUGCUGCUUCUCACAUUACGCUGGAAUGUGCUCUACAAACACACCCAAAUAUUGCUUUCAUUGGUGAAGAGGUUGCUGCCAAGAAGCAAACGCUAAAAAAUGUCACAGACUACAUCACCGAUGUAAUCUGCAAGCGUGCAGAACUUGGCUACAAUUAUGGUGUCAUACUUAUUCCAGAAGGAUUAAUUGACUUUAUUCCUGAGGUUCAACAACUUAUUGCAGAACUAAAUGAAAUUCUAGCUCAUGAUGUAGUUGAUGAAGACGGGUUGUGGAAAAAGAAACUCCAACAUCAGUCUCUGCAUCUUUUUGAAUUCCUUCCUCAGGCAAUCAAAGAGCAAUUGUUGCUAGAAAGAGAUCCACAUGGAAAUGUACAGGUUUCAAAAAUUGAAACUGAGAAAAUGCUCAUCUCCAUGGUUGAAACUGAGUUGGAGAAGAGGAAGUUAGAGGGUAAAUAUGCUGGACACUUUAAAGGACAAUCCCACUUUUUUGGAUAUGAGGGUAGAUGUGGCUUGCCUACUAAUUUUGAUGCCACCUAUUGCUAUGCAUUGGGUUAUGCUGCAGGAGCUCUCUUGUGUUCUGGAAAGACUGGCCUCAUAUCCUCAGUUGGUAACUUGAAUGCUCCUGUUAAUGAAUGGACUGUUGGAGGGACUGCAUUGACUUCAUUGAUGGAUGUUGAGAGGAGACAUGGUAAGUUCAAGCCAGUGAUCAAGAAGGCAAUGGUGGAGCUUGAAGGUGCACCAUUUCAAAAGUUUGCAUCCAUGAGAGAUGUAUGGGCUCUCAAGAACAGAUACAUCAGCCCUGGCCCCAUUCAGUUUAUUGGUCCAGGAUCUAAUGACGUCAAUCACACCUUGCUUCUGGAACUUGGAGCACAGGCUUAGAUAGAUGUUGCCCAAUAUUAACCUCGAGAAUGGAAAGACAAACUGAAGAAGAUUAGUCCUUCAAAACAUAGGUGGCUGGUAUGUUUCUAACUUCAAAGUGACUAGUCAAACUUGGAAGAGUGUUGCAUCUGUGUGUGUAAUCGUACGCUGAAAGAUGUAAUAAUAUCCAGUCGCCGAGUACUCGUUACAUGUGCC